UACGGUUUUUUCAACAAAGGCGUUCUGACGAAAACUGACAUUUCGUCAGCUCUGCGUCUGCGUGUUGGGCCUGAUUUUUUAGAAAAAAAUUUGCCAUUGCUACACCGCCAUUAUCGCUAGCAGCGUGAAUUUGCGUGAUCUCCAAGAGUCAUGGCUGCAAAAUCGGAGCUUCAAAUAAAAAGGAUAAAAAUUGAUGCUGCCCCGUACUCUUCAGUCGAGUCUUGCAAUCGGCAAAUUUCUCAACUGCGCGACAGUGUAAAUGAAAAGCUAUCUGCCAUCGAGUUGAAUGUGAAGAAAGUGGCCAAUACAUGCGUCCUGAUAUCAAACAAGGUCACAAGCAUCGAGAACGCCCUGCGGGAUCAGCAGAAUCAAAGGCACCCUUGCUGUCAGGACGUGUUGGAAAUGUUGAAGUCCAUCAAGCAGGACAUAGCUAGCUCUUUUAACAAUGCAAAUAACACUUUCACUACGAGCUCUCAGAAAAAUUCUAAUGACUCAGCACCAGUGGUCCUUGUGCCAACUCCCUAUGGCGAAAUGUCCCAGGUGGAGGCAAAUGUCAGCAUAGACUCGAGGAUGCAGGUCAUCACCCUUAACAAAGAAGAAGACUAUCCUGAUGGCUCUUGGCUAGGAAAUGAAAACAACUCGGAGUCUAGAGUCAGAGUUCCCAUUUCUCCAAUGGAUUUGAUCCACAUCAACGGCUACUGCUCAACGCCAGAAAAGAUGGCACUCGUCUUGCUUGACUACUUAUUUCCCAGAGACGUUCUUGCAGUCUCGAACCUCUCUGGCAAAGGAAAGCACGGGAAAAAGCAAUUGUCCCCCUUGAUGAUUUAUGGAAUUAGGUGCCACUUGGUGCAUAAGUUUAAAAUUACUGAGAAAGAUUGGUACAGGAUCAAACAAAAUAUGGACUCUAAAUGUAGAACAGCGUGGAGGAAAAAAUCACAUGGGUUGCCUCUAGGUGGAUUUAAGCACCAUGAUCUUGAGGAAGGUGAAGACGACGAAGAAAGCACUGAAGAAAUUCAAGAAGUUGGGUCCGUCAUAGUUUCUACAAGUAACAUAGACGAAGGUGGUUCGAUUUCACUAGACCCCGAGACCCUCCAGCUGAUACAAAAUGGACAAGGUGAUUCCAUUAAAGUGUUGACAACUUCGUCUGAGCACCUUGCAAAGUAUCAACAAGUUGUGCAAAAUGAUCAACUCCUGCCAGUCUGGGCCCUUCAAGAUGGUUCAGGAAUUUUGACAACAGAUAGCAAUGGGGAACUCUUCGUAACGGACCCUGAUUCGUUAUCAAUUGGGGAACAUCCAACUUUGGCUCUUGUUACUAAUAAUGGCGAGCAGAUUUUGAUGGAAAGGUCUAAUCCCAUCAUUGAAUUAGCUGACGACUCCGUAGACUCAUCAGGUGAUAUCUAAGAACUGCAGAAUUGUAGAUAAGUAUUGUCUGGAAGUGCGCUGUUAAAUUUUGUAAUAAUAAUAAUUUGGAGCCACCAAAAUUAAGAUGCUGGAAUUUUCA